AUGUGUACAAACUAUUACCUUUGGGCAGUAGUGGUCACGUGGUCUGUGACGUCAGCAUUACCAUGUCCUCAUGAAGAUGUUAACUUGAUGAGCUGGAGUGAAGCGUCAACAUGGCCUGGCAACAGAGUUCCAGUGGCAGGUGAUGAGGUGAUAGUCAAUGGAAACGUGUUACUAGAUAUGUCACCUCCGGAACUCAGAAGUCUGACGGUAGAAUCUGGUGCUGUCCUCGUUUGGAGUCCGAACGGAGACUAUCACGUGAUAACAAAAUACAUCCAUGUCAAAGGAGCCCUUCAUGUUGGAUCUGAGACAUGUCCAUUUGAAGCAAACGCUCGGAUCACUUUGACAGGAGAUCGAAAGGAAUAUUCUAUGCCGAACUUUGGUGCAAAGUUUAUUGGGGUUGCCAGUGGAGCUACACUGGAGAUUCAUGGCAGGAAGAAACUUGGAUGGACUAAAUUGACAAAAACAGUACCUCGUCUUGACAAAACAAACGGUCUUGUGUAUACCAGUCUGGAUGUAGCCAGGAGACGGAAUCGUGAAGGACUAGGAAUGUACGUGUUUAACCAAGAUGGCAGUUUAUUCCGGUUAGAAAUCCUCUCUACAAGUAGCAAGAUGAUAGGUGAUAGUGAACUCAUUAUCAACAAAGCUGUCAAAUUUCUUAUGGGGACUCCAAACGAUAAAGUGAUCCUGAUUGCAGUACAACAUACACUGGUGUCGAACACUCAGACUCAUGACUUGUCAAAGAUUUUUGACGCUAUUGAAUCAGUUGCCGGCAUCCCAAAUGGUGAAAGCAAGAUACGAAAAGUAGGACCGCUUGACGCUUACGCACUUGCUACUAUACGAGGUUACCCAGAUUCUACCUGUGAGACGUUGUCCCGAAUGAGUCAUCUUAAACAGACUGCCACAGCUUCUGUGCCUGUUGGUGACCUAGUUAUGAUAGCUACAAGCAGGACGCAUGCAGUCCCUACAAAAUGGAAUGAUUUCAUUGAGUUUCAGGUUGUGCAAAAAAGUGCAAGUGCAAUCGUUUUAGAUGUAGUUGAUGACGUCACUACAUGGAAAGAAGGUGAUCGACUGUUGUUGACAUCUACUGAUUACGACAUGGAAAAGGCCGAGGAAACUACAGUUCUCAGUUGUGAUGAUUGUACAAACAAACAAGUGAAAGUAUCACUUCGACCAAAGUUUAUGCAUUUUGGUGAAAUAGAUACCACCAUUGAUAUGAGGGGAGAGGUGGCGCUUCUGUCGCGGAACAUCGUCAUAGAGGGUGCUGUGAAUAGUUACUGUCCAAUUGCAAAUGAAAAUUGCAAAGCAUACAAUUACGAUACAUUUGGUGGUCAUAUCAAGAUUCUGAAAGGUUUUAGCAAUGUGCACAUUGAAGGUGCUGAAUUACAGAGGAUGGGCAAGCAAACCGACAUCGGACAUUAUCCCAUUCACUUCCACAUGUGUGAAGAUGUUGAUGGAGACGACUACCCUAAUCCACCCUAUAUCAAAGACAACGUGAUACAUCAUACCUUUGCAAGGUGUAUCACGCUUCAUGGAACACAUGGUGUGAUGGUGAUGGACAACGUGGCAUACGAGUCUUUAGGACAUUGUUACUUCCUUGAAGAUGGAGGGGAAAAGAGAACUGUUUUUGAUGGAAAUUUGGGUGCAAGUACUAGACACGGAAGUCUUAUACCGCUGGAUAGGCGACCAACCACCUUCUGGAUAACAAAUCCACAGACGACCUUUCGGAAUAAUGUUGCAGCAGGGAGUAAGGAUAUGGGAAUAUGGUUUAUAUUCCCUGACUUGCCUCUUGGACCAUCUGCUGACAAAGGAUUUAUGAACAUGUAUGAAGCUCGUUACACUGCUAUUACUGAGUUCAGCAACAAUGUUGCCCAUUCAAACAAGAAUGGUCUCUUCAUCGAUGACCGCAUUGAUUUGGUUACGGAAGAGAUCGAUUCUUGUAACAGGUACGAGCCAAAGGUAGACCCCUCUGAUCGAUAUUCCGCUGACAAGAAUGUUAUCAUUGACCGUCUCACAGCAUACCACAACAGAGAUAACGCGUGGUUAAGAGGCGGUUACAUAACGCUUUCUAAAGCAUCGCUUGGAGGAAGUUUAACAUCUAUGCUCUUUGCAAGAAAUUCGAGACAAGAGCAAUUCGUGGAGAAGAGUGUUAUCAUAGGUGAGACAAAAAACACUGGCGAUCCGACACGAGCCUUCGGUGAGGACGGCUGGAAAAAUUUACCUCGAUCUAUACCACACCAAUAUAAGUACAAUUUACCGUUACAAGGAUUCGGUUUCUAUGACGGACCUGUAUUCAUUUCUGAUACUUACUUUGACAAAUUUACAACAAAUGAAUACCGAAAAGCGGGGGCUUUAGGUUUCAAGCGAUUUAACACAGCGUCCAGCUCCUCUUUAAAUGGAGCAAAAAAUAUCCACUUCGGGUUUCCAGACGGGUUGACCACAGGAAACCGUGUGUAUGACGGAAAUAGUAGUAUUUACGGCUAUGGUGAUUUGGAUGGCGACCUAGCGGCAACAUUCAGAGAUAUGGACGGGUCUGUUACUACAGUGCCCUGGAGCACAGUCGUGAGGCCUUUCUCCUUCAUGAAUACGCCGGAAUGCACCAUGAAGUCAGCAUGGAAUCUGAUGAUAUGUCCUUAUAAAUACAUGACGUUACGCUGUCAAGACGUAUCGCCCGAUAAAGAAGACAGGAAAGCAAUAUUCGUUCGGGAUGAUUUGCCUGAUUCUCCUUGGCAAUCUACCAUACCUCAUUUCCGUGGAUACCCACUUAUAAGUGGUGGGAAGUACAGUUACUCCAUCUACUGGCCGGACAAGUCACCAUCUGAGUUCUUACUUCUUCCAAGGGAUCAGGAAAAAGGUGACCCUGUUCGUGUUGGUGUAUGUCUACCACUGGAUGCCACAAUUAACCUAAAGACAUGGUAUCCUAAACGAUUCGUUGGCAUAAAUCAAUGGACAGAAGUGGACAGUGUCCAGGAUAUAGACGAUGACACUGUUGGAGGCAAAUAUUUCCGUAACAGAACAUCUGGGAUGCUUUACGUGAAGUUACUUACGGAUGUAGUGCGGACGGCAGACGACACCGAUCCAUGUGCUGGAGACAAAUGCGUCAUUAUCAGGGUUUAUGUCAACGCAACAGACAUGAGCACCGCCCAUUGCAGAGAGAGGGACACGCCCACUCCUCCGACUAAGAGGUCCGUCGCCAGAAAGAGGAGUGACGAUAGCUUAUCGUUUGACAAGUACUACGACGGCCCAGAACCGGACUGGGGAGCUGGGCCUAAUGUUCCUUUCAAAAGUAGAGUUGCUAUUGAUGGUGGAUACGGUGACUGGAGUGAAUGGGGAGCCUGCAGGACUGACAUGAUGUCAGUGAGAACACGUACUUGUAAUAAUCCUAUUCCGAGACACGGAGGUGCGGGUUGUUUCGGUCCGAGAGAGGAGACAAUGAAUUGCGUUCAAGAAAGUGUUCAGUCACCAUACAUUCGACAACUUCUUGUGGACGGCAAACUGCAGCUGUGA